AAUGUAACAAAUACGAGUAGAUAAAAAUGCACUAACAUGCAGGAUGCAUUAGCAAAACAUGCACACUAUCGCUCUGAUAAGAAAAUAAGUUCGUAUUAACAUAAUUAUCAGAAUGUAAAAAGGGGUAGAUAAAAAUGCACUUAAUGCAAAUUAGAUUGAAUUUGCAUAAUUAUCACAAAUGCACUCAAUACCCGACACAACCGUAUCAUCAAUAUGCAAUGAACUGGAUGUAAUAUGUAAAUUAACUGAGGGACGAAUAUAUAAACGGGUGCACGGUACGAAAAUCAUCAAUGGCGACCAAGCAACAGUACGUAUAUCACAUAAUAACGAGUGCGAACAUAACGAUACGAAAUUAUGUGCUGGACCAGAGGGGAUUAUCGAACCUGAAGGAGAUGGCAGCAUUGGAGUCAGAUGGAGAAAUGGAAGAAGAAGAAGGUAUUCCGUCGGAACAGGAAGCGCAGAAAGAAUUAAUGAUCACGAAGGAAGCAUGGGAAGAAUAUCUCAAGUCGGCUACACGUGCUUUUAAUCAAUAUCUUUGUCUCCAAUAACACGAGUGAUUAGAAAAUCGUAUUUAAAUAGGUCAAUAUGAGUUUGUGACAUUAUUCUGGAAUCAUCUUUCCAUUGAAUACAAUCAAACAAACAUGUCUACCUUCGCCUUCUUGUUGCUCUGCAUCCAGGCUUGCCUGAUCCAGGAUGUGCUGAGCUGUCCUCCCAGAGCCAUAGCACCGUCCGCCUGCGGCUGCGGCGCAGGUCUGAGCGGUCUGAGCGGUUUGGGUGGUCUGGGCGGUCUGGGCGCGGGAUACGGCGCCGUGGGCGAAGGAAGAACGUCCAUUAGUGGCACAAUGGGCGUGACCGGGGAGACGAGGGUUACGGGCGCGGUGCCAGUGCUCGGCGCUGUGAGCUUCAGCGGCAGCGUGCCCGCUUACGGCUCCUGCACCAUCACGGGUAGCUGCGCCCAGUCCUGCGGCUGCGGAGGAUACUAACCUGGGACGCACUUCAACUAACGUCUCGUCGUCUGGAAGAAAUUGCUGCACAUGAAUGAGCCCAUCAAUUGUGUUGUAAAAUGUUUCAUGUGUGAAUAGAAUGGAUAAGUCCAAUAUCGCAUCACUAUCCUAAUGAACGACACAACAUUGGCUAACUCGUACCGCACAUUGAAGCUAUUGUAAAACAUUAUCUACGUUGAAAUAUAAUCACUAAUUGUACUGAACUAAAUGUUCUGUUCAAUACUAUACUAUAAGUACAUACAUAAGAUCACGCCUAUAUCCCGUUGGGGGUAGGCAGAGACCACAGAAUUGUACCUACUACGAUCCUGAUACUCUUUCGCUUUUUCAACUCUCGUCAAAGACUUCAUGCAUGCUCACUUCAUGAACGAAAAAAAA